AUGGCUGCCUUUGCAAAGGCAUAUCCCUCAGAUCCAGUCGACGUCAUUAUCAGCGACUAUAUGUCAGAAGUCAAUAUGACUAUUGGUGCUGCUCGAAAGGUCGACAAUGACGCAUUGACUCCAAAUCAAGGCAAUGCUUUCAUCGGCGCUGGCCCAGCCUUUGAGGCCUCCUUUCUUGAAGCCUUGGAGCCAGCACUGGAGGAUCUGGCCAAAUAUGGUAUCAAGGUCGCUGUCAACGCCGGCAAUGCCGAUACCAAGGCUCUCUAUGAUAUUGUUGUUGGUAUGAUUGCCAAGAAAGGCUUGAAAAUCAAUGUCGCUUGGAUCUCUGGCGACGAGGUUCUUCCAGCAAUCAAUGCGGGUCUCAAGGAUGGCACAUCCACCUUCAGAAACAUCUAUACCGGCGACAUUCUCUCCUCCUGGAAGUUCAAGCCAAUCCAUGCCUACGCAUAUCUUGGAGGCAUGGGCAUCGCUGAAGCCUUCUCCCAAGGAGCUCAGAUAGUUAUCUGCGGUCGUGUUGCCGAUGCAUCUCCCGUCAUCGGUGCUGCUUAUUGGUUUCACAAGUGGCAACGAUCCCAGCUCGACCAAUUGGCUAAUGCAUUUGUUGCUGGUCAUUUAAUUGAGUGUAGCAACUAUGUCACUGGCGGCAACUUCACCGGCUUUAAGAGUUUGGAGAAUAGUCCAGGUGGAUGGGUGGAUAUUGGCUAUCCGAUAGCUGAGAUCUCAAAGGAUGGAUCGGUCGUCAUCACCAAACAAAAGAACUCUGGAGGCAUGGUCACAAUCCACACCUGUUCUUCUCAGUUGGUGUAUGAAGUCCAAGGACCUUGGUAUUACAACAGCGAUGUGACGGCCGUGCUCGAUCAGAUUUGGUUCGAGCAACUUGGACCCGACCGUGUUGCCCUCCACGGUGUCAAGUCCUUGCCUCCACCUCCAACGACCAAGGUCGGCUUGACCGCCCGUGGGGGUUUCCAAGCCGAGUCUUGGUACUUUAUGACCGGCCUCGACGUUGAAGAGAAGGCUCGAAUGACAGAGGCCCAGCUUCGAAAGAGCUUGAAACCCUAUUCAGACAAGUUCACCUCCCUUUCUUUCAGUGUGCUUGGUAGUCCAGCGAAGGACUCUGACAACCAGAAUGCGGCUACCGCCAUUUUCCGCAUAUUUGUACAAGCCCCGACUGAGGAGGAUAUCGCACCACAAAAAUUCCUCCGUCCAGUCAUCGACAACAUCAUGCAGGGUUACCCUGGCAGCACCUUCCACCUUGAUUUCCGUCAAGGCAUUCCAAAGCCUUAUUACGAGUACUACGUGACUCUUCUCGAUCAAUCCAAAAUCCAACAUGUCGUUCACUAUAAUGGAAAAGACACUCUCAUCCCUCCUCCGCCGGCAACCAAAACAUUCCCACAACGGCAACCUAGCCAAACAAGCGCAACUCUUCAAGUCGACAUGAGCAAGUUUGGACCUACUGAACGUGUCCCACUAGGAACCAUUGUAAACGCGCGGUCAGGUGACAAGGGAUCAGACUGCAACUGUGGAUUCUGGGUUCGCAACCAGGAUGAAUACGUUUGGUUGAAGAAUCUUCUCUCGAUUGAAACGAUCAAAACUCUACUUGGCAAAGAGUACGACACUUCACGAACACCAAAGAUCGAAAUUGAUCGUUUCGAACUCCCUAAUCUGCGGGGCGUGCAUUUCUUAUUCCGAAAUCUCUUGGACAGAGGCGCCACCAGUACGGCAGGAGUAGAUUUCCUAGGGAAGAAUUGUGCCGAGUUCUUGAGAUCGAGAUACGUCGACAUUCCAACAAAAUUCAUUGCACGAGGGAAGCUAUGAAAAAUGCAUGAUUGCUUUCUUAAUGUACUAUGACAAACUAUUGUCUGGAAUGGUCG